AGGCCCUAGGCCGCGCCGCCCGCCACGUGGCGCCGCUGCAGCAGCCUGGCGGCAGCCCGGCGGCGAGCCAGUGCGCCGAGGCGGUGGGCGUCGCCACCGACACGCUGCUGUGGCUGCUGCGCGAGUGCCUCGCGGAUGCCCCGAUCGCCCAGGACGCGUGCAAGAGGAUCGGCGACCUGUACCGGCAGAGCCCGCCAGCGGAGCCCGCGCGUGCGCGGAUCCGGCAGCUGCUGAUGGACAGCGGGGCCGGCGGUGCCUCCCCUGGCGCGACGGUGCUGCGUAAGCUUGCUUCGGCGCACGUCUCGAACUGGGACCUGCAGGCCACGGUGAUGUGGGUCAUGGGAACGGUGUACGGGCCGCGACCAGUGCUCGAAGAGAUGGCCCUGAACCCCACGUCCCCGCUGAUUCAGAUGCACGGCGUGAGGAGCCUGGGCGUCUUGUACGACGUGGACCUGGAGGACACGCCGGAGGAAGCAUCGGAAGCGCGGCUCGACGCCUUCAGCGCGGUCGUGCACGCGAUGGCGAAUUUCCCUGACGACAUGAACCUGUGCCAGCACAGCUGCUUCACCAUCCCAACAAUUUGUUCGUCGUGAUUUUGCCACGACGCGAUCGCGCGUCUGGGAUCUGGGUUUGUGGCUGGCCGGCGAUCUCCGCCCUUGCCGCGCCCCCAGCCGGCGCCGCGCUGCUGGGCGACCCGGCGCUGGCGCGCCUGUGCCUCGGCGGAGUGUUGCGCGUGGUGCGGCAGGACCGCUGCGGCUACCCGCAGAAGGAUCCGCCCCGCGGACUCGGACCAGGCUGUCGGCCGACGCCUGCAUGUCCUGA